AUGUCCGACGAUCUCCUUGCAAGAAAUCUUGCCCCUGAAUCCACAGCCCUAGAGGCAUGGAAUCGUUUGAAGGCUAUUUUUUUGAACAACAAAAGCGCUAGGGCAGCAGCUUUGGAACAUGAGUUUAACAAUCUGACUCUCAAAAGUAUGCCCUCCUUAGAGGUGUACUGUCAACGCAUCAAGGAUUUGGGUGACCAAUUGAAUGAUGUUGAUAGUCCCGUGAAUGACCAGCGCUUGGUUCUUCAAUUGGUACAUGGUCUCCUGGAAGAGUAUGACACGGUGGGCUCCUACAUCAACCAAAGUAUCCCAUCAUGGGAAACGGCUUGCAGCAUGCUUCAACUUGAACACCAAAGAAGCUCAACUCGUGACAAUCUUUCUUCACCUAUUGUUAUGGCUGCCAUAACCAAUGAACCUGUGCAAAACCAACACUAUCCAACCUAG